AUGGUGUCUCUGACGUCCAUCCUAGCCAUGGUCACGUUUGUUGCCACGACCGUUGACUACGUGGAGGCACACGGCUUUGAGUGUUUGUUAGCGUUGUUCAAGAAGCUGAGGGCUGCCAACAACUACAAAGAUGUCCGAUCGCUGAUGGACGGUAACCCUCUAUACGGCAAGGACUGCGGUCACACGGAUCCGAAGGCAAAGCCCGUGCCUCCUCCUUCCAACGGCCAGGCCACCUUUUCUCGUCCUAUAGGGCACUCUGGUCCGUGCGAAUUAUGGCUUAACAACAAGAGGGUGUUUUACAGCGAUGAUUGCCAGAGCAGCCACCCUGACGGCAUUUUUAAGCCAGUGGACUACUCGUUAUGCGGUUCAAAUAGCUGCAUCCUUCGCUUUUACUGGCUAGCGCUGCAGCGAAAGGGUAAGAACACUGUGUGGCAGGCGUAUAAGAACUGCAUUAAUAUCUUGGGCCCUUCCGGCGGCGGAGGUGACAAUGAUGUCUCUCAGGAGGAGCUUUCAGGGAACUCGAACGUUUCGCAGAACAACACCGCCAGCAAGUUCAAGGAUAAUUCGGCAAACAAAAACGAGUUGAAGAAGUCGGACGAAUCGAAAGACUCGAAGAAAGAGUCUAAUGAAUCGAAAGACUUGAAGAAGGAAUCGAAAGACUCUUCAAAAGAGUCAAAGAAGGAUUUAACCGAGACGCCUCCCGCUGGAGGAGACUCUUCUCAGACACCUCCCGCUGGAGGAGACUCUUCUCAGACGCCUCCCGCUGGAGGAGACUCUUCUCAGACGCCUCCCGCUGGAGCGUCUCCCCAGACGCCCCCCCCUGAGACACCGGGUUACUCAAGCGCUUCUUUGCCCGGCACACCCGCGAUGACGCCUGCCCCAAACAGCAAAUGCAAGGGCCGUCGUCGUCGACGUUACUAG